AGUCUGCAAAGCAUUGGAGCUAGUGAUUCAGUUGGAACUCCAUUUCACCGGAGCUCGAGCAAAAUCUCUGACUUGUGUUUGAUAUUACCUCAGGCAGUGUCGACAUCGUUUAAUAAUUAUUAAGAAUCAAAAUGUCUAACAACUUUUCCAGCGUUUAUCCUUCGGUUGCGUAUCGCUCCGAAGGAGCCUCGGUUCUCUGGGGUUACCCACCGGGGCUUUCCAUCGUCGACCUAGUUCCUGACGACAUGAAAGAAUGUAUUCAUCCGCACUGGAAUAAAUUUCCUCCAGUUAAUCCAAUGUGGCAUUAUUUGUUGGGAGUGAUUUACGUCAUUCUCGGCAUCACUUCUGUCACUGGUAAUUCUUUGGUUGUGCACCUCUUCGCCAAAACACGGGAUUUGAGAACGCCCGCAAAUAUGUUUGUGAUUAAUUUGGCUCUCUCCGACCUCUGCAUGAUGAUUACGCAAUUCCCAAUGUUUGUCUUCAACUGCUUCAAUGGUGGAGCCUGGCUGUUUGGGCCUUUAUUCUGUGAACUCUACGCUUGCACCGGAUCAAUUUUUGGUCUUGGCAGCAUCUGCACCAUGGCCGCCAUCAGCUACGAUCGCUAUAACGUCAUUGUUAACGGAAUGAACGGAACCAGGAUGACUUAUGGUAGAGCUGGUGGAUUAAUUUUGUUUUGUUGGAUUUACGCAAUUGGUUGGAGCAUUCCUCCCUUCGUCGGGUGGGGAAAGUAUAUUCCGGAAGGCAUUUUAGAUUCGUGCUCUUUUGAUUAUCUGACUCGUGAUACGAUGACUAUUUCCUUCACUUGCUGCUUGUUUGUCUUCGACUACUGCGUCCCACUCAUGGUCAUCAUCUUCUGUUAUUACCACAUUGUGCGCGCCAUCGUUCAUCACGAAGAUGCGCUCCGUGAUCAGGCCAAGAAGAUGAACGUCUCCUCGCUCCGUUCCAAUGCCGACCAAAAAUCCCAGAGCUCUGAGAUCCGUGUCGCCAAAAUCGCCAUGAUGAACAUCACUUUGUGGGUAGCUGCUUGGACACCUUACGCUGCCAUUUGCUUGCAAGGAGCGGUCGGAAAUCAGGAUAAGAUCACGCCUUUGGUCACCAUUUUGCCAGCUCUGAUUGCCAAAAGCGCGUCGAUCUUCAAUCCUGUUGUUUACACCAUCUCACACCCGAAAUAUCGUCUGGCUUUACAAAAGGCACUUCCGUGGUUCUGCAUUCAUGAAAAAGAGGAAAAAGAGCCACCUCAAGAUCGAAGAGAAGAUUCUCAAUCAAUAGCAACAACUAAUACAAAUUCUUCUGACGUGACGUUGCCUUAAAUUAUUACGGGCACUGUCCGUGAACGGAAAAGAAAACCAUGAAUCUCAUUCUAUGAUGUCUCCGAAUAUAUUAAAAAUUGAUCCUCAUAGUUACUGUACUCAUCAAGAUGAAUUAUUAACCCUUCACCCCCAAUCAUUUUAAUUGGAACACCAAAUAUACUGCAAGUCAUAUUA